AACAGCUCUCAGCUGUCACGGCGACUUGUGCAACAACAUUGAACGUGCAUUAAAAAGAAGUCAUUUUUUAUUGUUCAUAAAUUAACAACACACAAUAUGCAGCUGACGUUAAUCAAUUUCUUUAAGAAAACUGUGCCCGGCCACAUAUUCCGUGGCAAGCGACGCCUCGUCAAGCCGGUGAGCAAACGUUCAAUGGAUACGCUGAUCCGCGAAUACGAAAGACAGGAGCAGAUCAUGUUCCUGCUGCGACAUCCUUACCUCACCCUGGAGCAAUCGUCGGGCCAUGCCAAGGAGCUGCAGAAGCGCGAAAAGCUGGUGGCCAAGUGGACAGACGAACAAACGCGCAGCAAACUAAAGCCGCAUGUGACCAUCGAGGAGCGUCUGCAGCAUCUGCGAGUGAAGGAGGCCUGGGAUUAGAUUAACCUGU